AUGACCCAGCUAAAGAAGGACUCUGCUGAAGCCAAACAGCCAUCAGACCCCAUUCACAAGAAAGCUGGGCGAAAGAAAUCAGCUGCUGAGAAGAUGGCUUUGGCAGAUGUACAGAGGUGUAAGGAACAUAGUAUUAAAACUCACCUCCAGGCAAGCAACACAAGGACAAACUAUGCCAGGCAUGUUUGUCAUGGACGGGAAUGGCUGGCAAGCCACUUUGAAAGUUCUACUGUCAGUGAGACUUGGAUGGAUGACAUUGUUGAAGGCUCACUCGUUCCAUUGCUCAUAACUGCCAAAAUACAUGCUGACAAUGACGUGUAUGAGGACCCUGCAUUCAAAGAUGCAUUUGAGAACAUACUGAACAGAUGUUCUGACAAAGUGCUGGCACUCUACAUGUCCCUGAAAGGAUUCCAUGAGAAUCUGAGCAAAACAACUGUUGAGAGCAUCCAUUUGGCCUUUAAGAAGAUGUGGGAGCUAUCAUCAGUAUUCGAUGGUGAUACCUAUCAUGGCAAAUGGCAUUUAAAUGAGGCAAAACAGCACUGGGAAGGAAACCCUGCUGAUUCCACAGAUAUCUAUGAUGUGCUGUCAUCGAUCAAACAUAAAGCAAGUGCAGAGGAUAUUGCACUGCAGAUGGUUCAGAAGGACAUCUCACUUGAUACUACUGUUUUGGAUGGUGUGCUCAAGACGUACCUUGCAAAUGAGACACUGACACUGAGAUGGCAAAAGAAGGUAGACAAAGGCCAAUGGGAAGCAGAUUUGAGAUCAAAUCACUACAAGAUAUAUCCACAUCCUGAUGCACUAGCAUGCAAUAGUUUCUUCUGGACGAUGGUUUGGAUCAAGUGGCUUGAAUCAUUUUGUUAUGGAUGCACCCUCCAGUCAAACAACUUCCUCUUCCCUGCCAUGAGUGUAAAUGGUGUUGUACAUCCUGGCCAGCUGAUCUCUUACGAUACUGUACAAAAAUGGAUCAAUGAGUCCACCACUGGUGCUGGUAUCUGUGGUAACUUCUCUACUCACUGCUUUCAUCAGGGAGGUGCACAAUAUUGGUUCAUGUUUUCUCCAGCAGGUCAAUGA